AUGCAUCCGCGCUAUAGCCCUGGACCGCCGCACCAGCAGCAGCAGCAACAAAUGGGCGGAGGAGGACCCCACCAACAGCAGGGUGGUGGAGGAGGCGGAGGUGGUGGGGGUCAUAUGAGAGGUGGAGGACCCUCAAACUCCCAGCAAUUGCCACCACAGAUGCCACGAUCACAGAAUUAUUCGAACGGGAGCUCGUCCAGUGCCGCUGCCGCUGCCGCCGCCGCUGCCGCAUCGUCAACACAGCAGCGCAGCGCUUUUCCCGGCGCACCGUUAACCGCCUCAGCCGUUGCACUCAAAGGCUCAUUGCCACAGCGUCCACCGGCCAUGACGAGCCCAGCCGCUGCUGCUGCCGGCGCUGCUUUAGCCGCCGGCGCCCCUUAUCGCGGUGCCACCAGCUGGACCCCACAGGGCUAUGCUCCGGCCGCUGCCGCCGCCGCUGCUGCCGUGGCCCAGCAGGCCGCCUAUCGCUACACGGCGCCGCUCCCCCAGCCGGCCUAUGCCGCCUAUACGCCGCACACGGCCACCACACCGGCCACAACCACGGUAAGUCAUCUUUACAACCCCAUGGAAUUGCACUUUUGGUACGGUCAGCGUGUGCCAACGGCAGCCUCACCGAGCAACACCAACUCGAGCAGCUCCUCGAACACCGGCUCCCAGAGCGGCACACUGAGCACCAGCCUGAGCAACACGACAAAUACCAACACGAACAUGGGUCCCAACGGCACCGUUCAGAACCAGAACCAGCAGGGCGGCGAGCAGUUGUCAAAGACAAAUCUCUAUAUACGCGGACUGCAGCAAGGCACAACCGACAAGGAUCUAGUUAAUAUGUGUGCACAAUAUGGAACCAUUAUAUCAACCAAGGCGAUUUUAGAUAAAACAACAAACAAAUGUAAAGGUUACGGCUUCGUCGACUUCGAGCAGCCAGCCUUCGCCGAGUGCGCCGUCAAGGGACUGCAGGGGAAGGGCGUGCAAGCUCAGAUGGCCAAACAACAGGAACAGGAUCCCACAAAUUUGUAUAUUGCAAAUUUGCCGCCCCACUUCAAAGAAACUGAUCUGGAGUCAAUGCUAUCGAAAUACGGACAAGUUGUUUCGACCAGAAUAUUGCGUGAUCAGCAAAUGAACUCAAAGGGCGUUGGCUUUGCCCGCAUGGAGAGUCGCGAGAAGUGCGAGCAAAUUAUUCAGAUGUUCAAUGGUAACACAAUACCGGGUGCCAAAGAUCCACUAUUGGUGAAGUUCGCCGAUGGCGGACCCAAAAAGAAGAAUCUCUUCAAGACCCCCGAUCCGAAUGCCCGUGCGUGGCGCGAUGUCUCCGCCGAGGGCAUACCCGUCACCUAUGACCCGAGCAUGCAGCAGAACGGUGUCAGCGUCAAUGUGGGCACACCCAUUGGUGUGCCGUACUCGCGAUUUGGUGCCCCCCAGGUGGGUGGCUAUCCAGUGGCUGGGUCCCAGUGGAUACCCGGCUAUAUGAUGACCCAGCCGAUCACUCAGGUAGAUGAUCAGGUGAGUAACUGAAUGGGUUUUCAAUGGAAUCGGUCCUGUAUAGUUAAUCUCUCUUUCUCGUAGUACAUGCAAAUGGCUGCCGCUCCGCAGUUGGGCGUCACCUCAUACAAACCGGAGGCUGUCAAUCAGGUGCAACCCCGCGGCAUUUCGAUGAUGGUCAGUGGCGACACGGCCGUGCCAUAUGGAACGAUGAUGCCACAGUUGGCCACCCUGCAGAUUGGCAACUCUUAUAUUAGUCCAACUUAUCCAUAUUAUGCACCACCAACUAUUAUACCAACAAUGCCAAUGACAGAUUCCGAACAGGCUAGCACAGCUGCAUCACCCGACGAGGCAUACACACAGUAUCCACAUCAAGCCGCUCCCAAAUAGGUCUUCGCGAGUAUAGUUACUAAGCAGUCUAAUCACUGGUAAUCCAUACUAGCUAUAAUCUACUAGUACCCCAUUUGAGUACUACAUAAAUUGGACGAGUGAGAGAGCAUGCCCCAGAGCAAUAGGAGGAGGAACAUCAAACACUACAACAACAGAAGCAGCAACAGAUCGGAUAUAGAAGAUAACCACCACAUGAACAACAGACAGAUCGAACAUCCAGAAGCAGAUAAAUCAGACAACCAACAACAAAACAAUGCAGUUCACUAAAAUAAAUGUUUAAAAAGAGAUACAGAAAACAUUAGAGAAACCGAAAGCGAAAGCUAAGAAAAAGAAAAUUAUGUAUAAAUAAGUGAGGUUUAGGAGGAUGAAGUUUAGGAGAUACAUGAAUUGAGAUACAUGUAAGCCAGGAGAGAAGAAUGUGCAUAGAGUGCAUAAAGAGAGAGAGAAGAGGGCAAAGCAAAGCAGAGCAAAGCAACGCUUCCAUGCAUAAAGAAAAAGAAAGAAGCGAGUAAAAAGUGAAGGAAAGCAAAGACUAAACUUAAAUAAUAGAAAAUAGUUAUACACUAAAUAAAUAACAGCAAAGAUCCGCAGAGAACAGCAAAGGAAACAGCAAAGUUGCUUAACAACAGAGAAAAUUAAAGAGAACAACAAACUAGAGGCAGUCGAAAAUAUUUACAAAAAGAGAACUGCUACAAAAAAAAAAUCGAUGUAAGAAAGGAGAGGAAUGAAAAGAAGAGGAGAAUAUAGGAGAAGAAGUCAAACGGGGGCAAAGUAAUGGAUAGCUUGAGAAACAUCUGCAAGAAAAUCCAAAAGCAGAUUCUAGUUAAGGUCUAGUUUCGUUAAGUGAAAGAGAAAGAUUUCAAAUUGCAUGGGGAUCGAUACCCCGGGAGAGGAUCCGAUCGACGAAAAUGUUAAAAUAGAAAAAGAAAGAAUACAAAAAAUAUAUAAACAUAUUUUGCUAAUUUUGAGCUAGCAAAAAAAACCUAAGCAGAGAGAAAUUUGUGAAAUGAAAUGAUGGAAAGAGGAAGCAACCGAAACCCAAAACAAAACAAAACAAAAAAUAAAUGUGUGUGCAAUGUAUGUUAAAGAAAAUUAAAAGUAAACGAAGAAACAGAAAAUAAUAAAAAGAAAACCCCAAAAGCAGUUUGUUCAUCAGAACAAACAAGAUCAGAACAACAAAAAAGAAACCCUAAAUCUUAAGUCGAACUGCAGAAAAUCUAGAGAAAAAACUAAGCAAGCAAAAGCAAAAGAUGGGAAAACUUUUUACCUUAGAGGCAACAUUUUGAUUGUUUUUGUGGCCUGCUACAAGGAAAAGUGUAGGAGAAGGAGAUCCCCUACAUUAAAUGUUUUGUUCUGUUUGUCUAAUUUGUAAUAUUUAUUUUGUAUUUUGUUGAGCAGUGUUGAACAGCACAAAGCAGAAGCAGAAGAAGAGAAAGCAGAAAGAGAAAUAUAAGAAGCAGUUAGCGUAGUUAGCGACAAAAGCAUGGUAAGAUCAGAUCUUUUGUUUCUUUUUACCUAUUUCCCCACAAAUGAAAAUGCAAUUGUAUAAAGCAAAGAUCCAAAAACAAAAGAAAGCAAAACGAAAAUAACUUUAAAAUGAAAAAAAAAAAAUGUCUAUCUCCCUUUUUGACAUUCAUUUUGUGCUAUCCAAGCAGUCAAAGAAGAAGACGAAACAUAAGUUUAACGUUUAAAAACAAAAGAGAGGAUGAAAAAAGAGUCCCCCCAAGUGGGGCGAAAACUAGACUUAAGACUUAGCAAAAAAACAAAAAGUAAAACUAAAAAAAAACUAAAAGAAUAUAAGAAACUUGCAGUAAGCAGAAGAUUCAGUAGCUCUAGAGAUCUAAAAACAAUUGAGAAUAAGCGAAAACGAAAGAAAACGAUAAAGAAAGAGUGGAAGUAGAUGUAAAAGUAGAAGUGGAAGUGAAAGUGAAAGUAAGAAAGUAAAGAGUGGAGGAGGAAGAGAUAAAUCUUGUACUAGUUUUUAGCAUAUUUUUUGUGCUCAUCAGUCGAUUUAAUGAAUGAAUUUUUUGUAGCUGUCUACAGUUUUUUACGUUUAACUGUUUUUUAGACAUAUUACUGAAGGUAAAAACCAAGUUAGGUAUAGUAUAUUUUUCUGCAGAAUGCAAGAGAAGAGAAUGGAAGGAAAUGAUGGCAAAGGAGAUAAAUGGAUGAUUAGCAAGGAAACCAAGAGGCAAACACUUUAUAAAAGGGAAUAGCAAAACCAACCAACAGAACACACAAAAAUUAGCAAAAAACAAAACACGGAAAAUAAAUUUGAAAUUGUAGAACUGUAGUUUAGAUUUGAGAAAGAGAAGGAGAAGUAAGGAAAGGCGGAAGAUAGAACGAUGAGAGAAUGAUCGAGUUGGGUUUUUUUGAAGAGUUAGCCAGAGUUAGGAUCAACAACCGAAAGAGAAGCAGAACAGAUAUAAAAAAAAAAGAUUAAUGUUUACAGAAGAAAAAAACAGGAAGGAGAAGCAGCAGUAAGAAAGAAGAACUACGUUUAGUGAAACUUAGUUAAUAAGCGAGGAUUUCUUUAGUCUUGUAAGCGUCUCUUAAGUAGAUUUUGGAGAAUGUAGAAUGGAGAUUGGAAAGUGGAGGAGCAAGUUUUGAAUUUAAAUUGAACACUUUUUUUAGAGCCUAGCCUAUAUUUAUUUUCUUGAAACACCAACAUAUGGACACAGACACACUAACACACAUACACAUAAACGCAGACGCUGACGCAGACAGACAUCCAUUGUAUUUGUGAUUUUUUCGAUUU